AUGCAUGGAUAUAUAUGGGCACUUAACCAAUAUAUAGAUAUAGAUUUAAGUGACAAAUCAACGGUUGUAAUUGUAGAACAUCAUCUAAGUGUCGUUAAUAUUUAUGAAAGAAUAUUACAUUCUAUUAUUAUAACAAUUGGAGUUAUUAUUAUGGCUUUGUUAUGUAAAUAUCAUCAAAAAUCACAAAAUAUUUGGCAUUUUUUAAAACUAAGUAUAUCAAUUGGAGGAUUAUGUGGAAUUUCAAGAUCUUUUCAAAUGAAACAAAGAUUAUACCCAACACUUCACGAAGCCUUUUUUUGUUAUUUAGUAGUCUUUAUUAGUGGAGCUUGUAUUUUGAUUCAAUUUGAAAAAUUAUCUUUUCGAAAAAAAAUAAAAAGUGAAUAA